GGAUCUCAUUUCAGCCUUAUCGCCUUAGUCUUCCGAACCUUGGAACCUUGGAGGUCCUAAAAUCACUGCCGUUAUGAAUCUCAAUCAACCAUAUCGCCUCAGUCAGUUGAGGAAGUAUUCGUCGGAACUUGAACUUGAGACGCGAAGGCUUGCCUCUUCUCUCUUAACUACAUCUCGUAUGUAUGACAGGCUGCAAUCUUUCCAGCCUAUCUUUUGUGCGGCCACAAUUCUUCUUAUCGGCACUAAAAUUGGUGCUCGUCACUUGAACGUUGUUCAGACUCGAAUACUGCCUCAUGACGGGGCCAAACAAGGCUCCGAGUUGGAAAAGAGUCCGCACACAUAAAUUUGGUCUGUUUCCACCUCUAUUGGCUUUAGAUGCAAUCAGUUAUACGACGGGCUUUAGAAAACAACUCUGUUGACAGCUUCAUCGGCUCGGUGAGAAAGACACCACUGAUCCUCAAGACACUCUCAGAACAGGUGGGAUGCAAAAUUUACGGGAAGGCCGAAUUUAAAAUCCUGGAGGCACCUAAAGCCGGCGUCGGUCUUGGAUACAAAUGUGUCAUUGACCUUCUCCAAAUGCUCGGCGCAGAAGUCUAUAACCGCCAGGCGAAAGAGUACAUCACGAAGCUCGAAAAUACCAUAUGGACAGACCAGUUCGACAAUACCGCCAAUGCGUACGCGCAUUAUAUCUCUACUGGACCUGAAAUAUGGCAACAGACAAAGGUUAAAAUUCACGGUUUCGUUUGUGCAAUUGGUACCGGUGGAACUCUGGCUGGUGUUGGCAAAUACCUGAAAGAAAAGAGCAACGGUAAGACGCAGGUAUGGCUCGCUGAUCCGUUUGGCAGUGUCCUGUACAAAUAUGUUACCUCUGGUGGAACACUAGUCCGACGUUCUGGGGAUUUCGUUAGAGAAGGUUAUAAUGGUCCGGGACAAUUGCACAUAUUAGACGAGAAGUCGAUAUCUCGGCUUCUUCAUUCAGAAGGCUUGUACCUGGGUGGUUCCGCGGCGCUUAAUGUCGUUGCAGCCGCAGAACUUACACAAAAGCAGGACAAGGACUCCACAAUUGUAACCAUACUGUGCGAUGGCGCAUACCAAUACCAGAGUCGUGUAUUCUACAAGAAAUGGCUAGUAUCGAGAGGGCUAGUGGAUCCAAUACCGGAAAGUCUGAGAAAGUAUGCGGUUCUAGAUUCAUUGUUGCUCAUCAGCGGUAGUUUUCGAUUUUAAAGAUCACUGAUUUCACACCAACGAGUCCCCAAUCCGGCAACCCAUUUUGACCUACACACUGUACACUUGCAUGCCUUUCCUACAUAUCCCUUGACGAUAUCAGCUAGAGCCAAGGGUGUUCCAAGUCUCACUUCAUUUGACCCUUGUCAAUGUACAUAUAUAUAGUGGGGGGGUGAUCAGAAUCUGUCGAGACUACGUAGGAGUCCUACAGGUGA